AUGUCGAUCUUGUGGCCGUACAUGGCGCGGCGACAGAAGCUGCUGGAGAAGACGCCAUGGAUCCCCAAACUCCCAGGGCCCAAGGCCUCACCCCGAGGCCCUGGAGCCCGCCCCUGCGCCCGCGGCCUCGCGCACCAGCGGCGCCGCCGGGCGGCGGAACGUGCGGGCGAGCCACUCGGGGCUGGCCGGGGGCCUGGCCCGAGAAAACGCGGGAGCCGUGGGAUGCGGGAGCCUCGAUGUGACAAGCUUAUCCCCUCCAAAGUCUUGCAAGCUGCAAGGAUGGCGGACGACCCCCAGGACGCGCAAGGGGAGAAUGAGGACGAGUUUGAGGACGAGGAGGAUGACAUGCCGGAGCCUACGGACAAGUUGGACUGCGACGAGUUCGUCGACACUUUCGGGGAUCCCCAGGACUACGGGGACGUGCUGGACGUGUCGGCCCUGGAGAUCCCCAUCGAUAGCUUCGAGGAGCUCCGCAUUCCGGAGCCGCAGAUCGUCAAGGUUCAGGCUGGGUGGCAGCUGUUGCUGAGCAACGCGGGAUCCAGAGAGGCGGCAGGCGAGGCGGUCUACUCCGCCCUCUUCGAGGCGGCGCCCAGCUUGCAGAGCCUCUUCAAGACGCCGCGGGCGGUGCAGGGCAUGAAGUUUGCGGAUGCCAUCGGGGUCAUCAUCUCUAAACUCCGGGAUCCGGAAGAGGUGAAGACCAUCGUCGACACCCUCAGCUUUCAGCACAUCACCACGGAGGUCACCAUCCCACGCAUCGAAAUCUUCCGCGACGCCUUGCUGGAGCUCUUCGCCUCGGAGCUGGGCGACGACAUCUUUACCCCCGACGUUCGGAUCAGCUUGGCCCGCAUCUUCCACUACAUGGGCGGGGCCUCUCUGCUGGAUUCCGCGAAACUGAACAUGACGCCCUGCAACUGA